CUGUAUGUGUCUGAGUGGGAGAUGGACUGAGUGAGGGCGCUCUUCCGACCAGUGCUGCCGAUAGCAUUGAAAUACCCACUAGCUAGGUUGAAAUAAUUGACGAUUUCGGGUCGCUGAAUCAACAAGAAAACAUAGUACCGUUAUCAAUCUUUCACAUCCCACUCCAAACACACUAACACGGCAUUGAUGGUAAUGUAUGCAAGGAAACAACCGAGACUCGGCGAUGGGUGCGACCGAAGAGAUUCUCAGCCCUAUCAGACUCUCAAAUACUCGUCCAAGAGCCAUCCAGGAGGGGACCACCGACAUGAAAAGAUGCGAGACUCAUCAGAUGUCACUCCUCCCUGCAAAGUGCUCAAGAGGUCUGACAGCCCUGAUAACAAACACGUCGACAGCACAGGGCACAGCAGAGCAAAGGCUGUCCACACACACCGGGCCAGAGACAGGGAUGGAGGGACCAGUUAUUCUCCACAAGAAAAUUCUCACAACCACAGUUCCCUUCACAGCUCCAACUCACAUUCUAACCCCAGCAAGACCUCAGACACACCUUAUGAACCUGGUGAUGACUGGUCAGAGCACAUCAGCUCGUCUGGAAAGAAAUACUACUACAACUGCAGGACAGAGGUGUCCCAGUGGGAGAAGCCUAAAGAAUGGCUGGAGAGAGAACAGAGGCAAAAAGAGGCAACAAAGACUGCGGUUGUCAACAGUUUCCCCAAAGACAGGGAUUAUAGAAGGGAGGCUAUGCAAGCAACAGCAGCCCCUGGCUUUACUGGUGCUAAGUCAGCCCAGGUGGAGAAGCCUACAGCAACCCUUGCCACCCAGUCCCAGUCAUCAUCCUCAGGCUCAGGGAGCUUGAACCCGUCAUCAGGGCCUCCUGGAUCAUCUGCCUCCACGGUGCCCGUUUCCCCAGUCCUGCAGUCCCCUGCCCCUCCGCUACUCCAGGACCCCACCCUGCUUCGCCAGCUUCUCCCAGCACUUCAGACUGCCCUGCAGCUCAACAAUGCCAGUGUGGAUAUGGCAAAAAUCAAUGAAGUUCUCACAGCUGCUGUCACACAAGCUUCAUUACAGUCGAUGCUUCAUAAGAUCCUCACUGCUGGACCAUCGGCUUUCAAUAUCACUACUAUCCUCUCUCAAGCUGCUCAACUCUCCAACCAAGCUCAGCAAUCGAACCAGUCACCCAUGUCGUUAACAUCAGACGCCUCAUCGCCCAGGUCUUAUGUUUCUCCAAGGAUCAGCACACCACAGACCAACGCUGGUCCUCUUAAACCCCUCCUCAACACACAGCCUGCCAUCUCACAGACCAAAGUGAGCACGCCAUCAGUGAAGCAGGCAUCUCAUCCACAGCCCACAUCCCAGCAGCCCCUCUCCAGCGAUAAGCAGCACAGUCACGAUGUCACCACAGCCUCCCCUCGCACCCUCCAGCGCCAAGGCAGUCAGAGGAGUCCCUCCCCAGGUCCCAACCAUGUCUCUUCCAGCAGCAACAACGCCCCCAACUCUUCCUCUGCUCCUCCCACCGCCUCAGCAGCAGCCCGGCCCUCCUGCUCCUUCACCCCCACCCUCGCUGCCCACUUCAAUGAGAAUCUUAUCAAACACGUGCAGGGUUGGCCUGCAGAACACGCCGAGAAACAGGCGUCAAGACUACGUGAAGAGGCUCACACCAUGGGGAGCAUCUGUAUGUCUGAGAACUGCACUGAGCUGAAAAACCUCCGGUCCUUGGUCAGAGUCUGUGAAAUACAAGCAACAUUGCGUGAGCAGAGGAUACUGUUUCUGAGACAGCAAAUCAAAGAACUUGAAAAGUUGAAGAAUCAGAAUUCUUUCAUGGUCUGAGAACUUCUGGUUGCAAGUUGAAGCGGGCGUUUGGGGGGGGGAGGGGGAGAAGACCCAUUGCACAUAGUUGGAAGCUGGAGGGAGAGCAGUUGUUCAAUUCCUCUUGAGCCCAGUCUAAACACACACAGGAGCUGCAGUCGGUUUGGCUUUGGACCGUUGGACUGGGAGAACCAAGGGGGAAACAUGAAGAGCUGUUGUGGGAAGAGGGGUAGGGUGGUUUACAAGACUCUGUUUUGUAAAAACCCAAGGCGGGAGGGAAAAAAUGUAGAUUUCUUGUAGAUGUUAUUAUCUAUGUUGUAAAUAUGUUUUGUAGAUUGAAGCCAUGGAAAGCCAUGCCUAUCAAAGCUUUUGACAUCUAAACUAAUCAACGCCUAGGCGGCUACAUUCAUUAGCUAGCCUUUCCUUCAUGUUAACUUGUCUGCAGACUUAAAGCUUCAUUUUGUCAGUUCAUAGAUCAUUGAACCAGUGAGCGUGCGUGACCUGCAUGUACACAGAGGUGGAUGUUUGAAGCCAUUUAUUUACACAUAAACCUAGCAUAAAACAUAACAUACUGGUGUCAGUGUAGUUUUUUUUUCUCCCUUCAAAUAUUGGUAAACUGAGUACUGUGUCUAGAUUCUCUUCCUGUGCCCUCUGUGGGUGAACUGUAACCUCUACUCAGGCGUGGUAAACGUCCCCUCUCUGCAGGUAACUGCUCACAACGGUUCAGUGAUCUAUUUGCAGCUUUUGGUGGCCCUGCAUGUCCCAGUAUGAAGAAAAAACAAAACAAAAAAAAAAACAGUGCCUGGUGGAGUGAGUGAUUAGAAAAAAUUAAGAGAUGUGGUGGCGUGCUGCUUUGGACCAUUCCCACUACCCUCACCUGGCCUCAGCCCUGCCCUGCCAUACCCUCUCCUGAGACAUCACCACUUCACACCCUCCUUGUAGUUUUUUUUUUUUUCUUUUCUUUGAGCUGAAAAGUUUUGGUUCCUCUUUUUCCCUCCUCGUCCAUUCCUUUGUACAGUAGCUAACAGUGGAGUUUUAAGAAGAGGACGCAUAAUAAAAAGGUUUUAUUUAUAAGAGUUGUAGUGACGAGCAGUAAAUCACAGUGACACCCACACAUUUUUCAUUUGGAGCGGUAUUACAGCUACAGCGGGUCAGAGGCGGACGGAUGUGGAUCACCUCUUGUGUCAGCGCAGGGCAACAAGAGGUCACAAGGUCAAAUGUGAAAUGUAUGUAUUGUAAUAAACAUGUUCAACUAAA